CCCAUCGGUAUCAGAAAUAACAAGAACAAAUAAUAUUCGUCUUCCUCUUCCUCCUCCUCCUCCUCCGCUGAGCGAGUGAGGCCGGCCGGAGCCGUAGGCCCAGGACCUGUGCCACCUUCGUCGCCCCACCCCUCGAUCUUAUCAUGAUCGCUGGCACUGCAUCCCAUACAACUACCACCAAAGCAGGAAGCAGCAAGAACACCUCCUCCCGCUUUUCUUCCUCCUCCUCCUCCACCUCCUCCUCCUCCCAGGCCACCGCAACCCAGGCCUGCGCCGCCUGCAAAUACCAACGCCGCAAGUGCAACCCCGACUGCACCCUCGCCCCUUACUUCCCGGCCAACCAGCAGCACAAGUUCCUCAACGCCCACCGCCUGUUCGGCGUUAGCAAUAUCCUCAAAAUCAUCCGCAACCUCGAUCCCUACCAGCAUGCCGAAGCCAUGAAAACCAUCAUAUACCAGUCCGAUAUGCGUGCUCUCGAUCCCGUCGGCGGUUGCUACCGCAUCAUCCGCGACCUCGAGUACCAGAUCGAGCGCGACUCCAAUGAGCUCGCCCUCGUGCUGAGGCAACUCGCCGUCUGCCGUGCGCAGGCUGCCCAGGCCUCUGUCGCGUCCGACCUGGAGGUCCACCCUAAUCUUCUGCUUAACACGGCCACGUCCGAGGAUGUGGAUAACGUGAUUUAUGGUGGUAAUAUUUUCCCUACGAUCAACCAGCAGGAUCAACAGCAAUACUAUAAUUACUUGUGCUACGACGAUGACAUCACCAGAGAUCAUCAAAACAACCACCCAAAUACAAGCAUCAUAAUCAAUAAUAAUAGUAAUAACGAUAACAAUGAUCUAUCGAGUCUACAACACCAGCCGCACUUCAACUGCAUGGUGGAGGACGAGGACGUAAAGCCUUUGGUAGACAUGUUCGAUGUCAGACAGACGUCGAUGGGAGGGGACGAGGAUAACGCCGAUGAGGCCGGUCAUCCACGUUGCAGCAGCACCCAAGUGCCGGAGCUAAAGGAUGAGACGAGUCCGGUGGAGCAUGCGCAGGAGGAACACGAUCUGAAGGGUGCUGCCUCGUUGUUCACCCUAACCAACUGUAGUUAGUUCCUCAUCUCUAUAUAUGAUAUGUUUUCGUGUGUUGUUGUUUGGCUCUUCUUUUUUCUUGUUUUGUUUUUCUAUUCUUAAAAUCUCGUAGAGAUCGCACGCAAAGGUAGACGACAGUUGUCGAAACUUGUCAUGCCAAAUGUCAAG